UAACUUUGUAGCCUCACACAGAAGUUGAAUAAAUCUGAACAUUUUCCAACUGUUUGAAACAGAAUGGCAAUAAUCCACAUUUUUGCCCUGUCUCUAUUGUUUGUUCUACAAGCCUCCUGCAAAGAAUGCAAAACUCAACCCUGCUUAAGGAGGCUCUACAACUCUAGAGUCACAAGGGCAGAGUACUGGAUAAGACCCUUGAGUGGAUCGGGAAGUUCCGGAAGCUCGGGACCCUCUAGCGGAGGCGGUGGUUGGUGGCGAGGGAAGAGAAGCUUUGACUAUUACUUGCGCCAUGCUGGAGUUGUCGUUACUGUCGAGAACGGGGAUCGGUGGUUAAUCCACAAGGGGUCGGAUUAUGGCGAUUCGUCAGACACAGUGAUCACAGAUGCUGGAUAUAUGUCGAGACAAUGGAGUCAACUGAAGUCCAAGUCUCUCAGUAGAUGUAGUUAUACCGUGAACAUGUUCAUGCAGAAUGCUCUGAUCUCCAAACCAUACAAACUGAUCGGAGCCAACUGUCAGACAGCAGCAAACAAAAUGUGGGAUUUGGUGAAGAGAUGUUAAUAAAGCCAACUGGAAGUGUGUUC